AUGUCUACCACAUUAUAUGCAAAGUUCCGCCGCCACAAACCCCCUCGGCGGGAACCCCUUGCAUCACUGGCCUCGCACAGAAGGUCACUCAAACGGCUGUUGCAUUUCUUCAAGCAAAAGUUCCCGCAUGACUCGGAGACUUCUCUAUCCUCAAAAAGAAGCUCCUCAACUCCAUCGGACAGCAGUGACAGGUCUAGUGAUGGCGAGGUGGUUUACAGCGACACCGGUUACCCUAGGAUUGACGGGGAUCACCAAGUGGUGACAGUCGACUCUGAACCAGCUAUUUUCGGGUUCCUGAACAGAAUUGCACAGAGGCUCAAAUUGGAGUUGGACCUAGAAAGCAAUGAUGGCCACAAAACCCAUGGAUCUACCCAGAAACGCCAUGCAGACAACCCCAAUCAAGGAAGCGAAGAGAAGAAACAGAAACAAGGUCAAGGAUCCCGAAAAACUGGAGGUGGAGGUGGAGGUGGAGGUGAUGGUGGAGGUGAUGGUGGAGGUGAUGGUGGAGGUGGAGACGGAGGCGGAGGCGGGGGAGGAGGCGGAGGCGGAGGCGGGAAGAAAAAUGGCGGGGGAAACGGCGGCCACAGGCACCCGGUCCCGCCCCCGCACAAUGGCCCCCAGAAAAAGCCCCCUUUCGCAUGUCCCUUCCACAAGUUCGAUCCGGUCCGCUACGAUUGCUGUAGUAGGGUCCGGCCGAAACGCCCGAGCGAUGUCUCCCUACACAUUAGGCGAUGCCAUCUGCUGCGAGACGUCAAGCUGAAGACUGCCAACGCCGAGCACGCGGACAACGCUGAACCUGCAGACAACUUUGAACUCGAAGGCAAUGCUAAAGCUGAGGAAGAAGUCGCUCUCUACUGCCCAAAAUGUCGCAUGGAAUUUCCCGGCACUACCGCUGAGGCCAAUCUCCGACAGCAUUUGCCAUGUCAAACACCUCAGCCAGCGGCGAUUGAACAGACCGGGAUGCUGCUACCUGCAGAGUUUGUUGAACUUAAUGAUGCGCGAAACAAGGCGUCUGGCGACAUUGAAAAGUGGAACGCUAUGUGGAAGGUGUGCUUUCCAAACAAACCUGUCCCGAAAUCACCAUAUUUUGCUCUUCCUGGUCAAGAGGCUGUGGUUGAGACAUUGGCUGUUCUACCAGAGGUUGAAGUUGAGACACUUGCUCCUCGCUCGCAGGGCGGAGAGAUCAUCCGCCGAGUCCUCCAUGAUUGCCUUUCCCACCUCUUUCUCACUGAAGACGAGAUUGAUGCGAUCGUAAACCAGGCCUUGAAUGGAAUUUACCCAGGGUCUUCUGGGGCCGAACCACAGACAAGCACAGAUACCCGUUUGGAGGUCCAGCAGCAGCAGAUUCCCCAGCAGCAGAUGCCCCAGCAGCAGCAGAUGCCCCAGCAGCAGCAGAUAUCACAACAGCCAUUUAAUGGUGCUGUCACUCCCACUUUCUUUGACUCCUCUGCCUUUCUCGCCGUUCCCCAAGCCUAUCCAUCAUCGCAUCAACUGUGCCAAAAUCCUUCUGCCCCCGCACCCUUUGCCCUCACUCCUCGAGUCGUUCCCCAAACCGUUCCCCCGCCAGCCCCCCAAACCAAUGCCCAGACACCGAGGCCUUACUAUGGUGUUCCUUUCGUUGAUAUCACAAGCCCUCAGAUGUCACCUCCGGCGGCGAAUAUUGAAACAGGCCCUCUUGUGCCUUUUUACUCAGCGCCUGGACCUGUAGCAUCAGAGGCCUCGCCAGCAUCUCAAGCCAUAAACAACUCUUCCCUUUAUGACAUCAAUGACAGCGGCUUCGAUGGCACUGGGUUCCCUGCGCCUUACCAAAGUGGUGCUGAUGUGUCUAGCUUCCCUUCUCUUGAAGGCAAUGGUUUUCCCACGAAUAAUGGCUUGAACGAUAAUGGCUAUACAUGGCGGAGCAAUAAUGGCUAUCAAGACCCUAAUCAGGGGUAUGAUUUAUGA